AUGCCUGACGAGAUAUCUAUCCAUCGAGUCGAUUUAGAUUUCACCAUCAAACUUCCUGCCAAUGCCCACGAUGAUUGUCCUCACCUGAUUGAAGCCAGACGCAAACAAGAUGGUAAAUCCACAACAAAUUUAACUGUCGCAGAUGUCAUUUGCACCAUCAUGAUGAAAUGCAAUCCGCUAGCUCUUCAUGACCUUCUCAAUAUGGAUAUCACAGAGUCAUUCUACAGUUUGGACACCUUUGACCAUUCACACCGCGGUUAUGUUGCUCGCAGUGGUCAUGAAAUCGUGGUCUUCUUGAGAGACUUUGUCACCGGAAAGAAGUGGCACAUCGAAUAUGCAGUACCUAAGAAUAAGAGUUGGGGUUACAUGAGAUCCUAUGGAAACCCUGGAUGGGUGGUUGAAAGAGGACGGAGGAUAUAUUUGCGAUCGCGAGAAACCAUGGGCAAUAUUCCUCGCCAAAAUGUGAUCCACAACACAGCGGAGAAUAUUGAGCCAGAAUCCUCCGACCAUGGAACCGCAGAGACGCUGAAUUCAACCGAGGAGAAGAAUGAAACAUACAUGCAAUUGACGAGCGAUGUUACGGAUAUCAAGGUCAUCCUUCAACAAACACUCGACAUCUUGGUGGAAAGUUCGAAGAAGGAGAACUUGGGAGUGGUUGGAGAGUUUGAAGCAGCGCCCUGUUCCAAAAAGAGAAAAGUGGAGAAUGUUGGAAACCGAACAGUAGAGUAA